AUGUCUCCUGCCUUCAAUAGCCUGGAAACAGACGGUCUAGGAAUGAGAUUUCCCGGAUAUAAUGGGGAAAGCAUCCAAAAGAAGAAAAUAAAAGUGAUAGUGAAAAUGGAAGUGGCACAAAAGAAAAUGAAGCAUUCAAGAAAAGCUGUCAAAAAUGACAGGUCAUAUUUUCCCAUCAGCCUCUUGCCGUAUCAGUGGAAAGUGGAAGACGUGUUGAAGAUCUCAAAAAAGCCACAGCAAGUUAGCAUAUUCAUUGAUAAACUGGUAUCCGGGAGAAUGGAUGUAAUCAAGGUUCCGUUGUCACGGAGCGGGAGGUGA